AUGGGAACACACAAUCUAACCUCUAUAUCAGAAUUCCAUCUCACUGGUUUCUCAGAGGACCCAGACCUGCAGCCUGUCCUCCUUGGACUAUUCCUGUCUUUGUACCUUGUCACAGUGCUUGGGAACCUGCUCAUCAUCCUGGCUGUCAUCUCUGACUCCCACCUCCACACCCCCAUGUGCUUCUUCCUCUCCAACCUGUCUAUUGUUGACAUCUGUUUCAUCUCCACUACAGUACCAAAGAUGAUUGUGGACACCAUAACUCACAGCAGGUUCAUUUCCUAUGUUGGCUGCCUGAUACAGAUGUCUCUUUUUAUGAUAUUUAUAUGUAUGGAUGACAUGCUUUUGACUGUAAUGGCCUAUGACCGCUUUCUGGCCAUCUGCCAUCCCCUGCACUAUGCAGUGAUAAUGAACCCUCGCCUCUGUGUCUUACUUAUUUUGCUCUCUGUGUUUCUUAGCCUUUUGGACUCCCAGUUGCACAAUUUAGUUGCAUUACAAAUUACCUGCUUCAAAGAUGUGGAAAUUGCUAAUUUAUUCUGCCAUCCUUUUCAAAUUUUUAACCUUUCAUGUUCUGAUAUGUUAAUUAAAACUAUGGUCACAUAUUUUUGUGGUGCCAUAUUUGGCUUUGUUCCUAUGUUAGGGAUCCUUUUCUCUUAUUAUAAAAUUGUUUCUUCCAUUCUCAAAAUACCAUCAUCUGGUGGGAAGUACAAAGCCUUUUCCACCUGUAGUUCUCACCUGUCAGUGGUUUGCUUAUUUUAUAGCACAGCUAUUGGAACUUACUUUGGUUCAGCUGUGUCAUAUUCUCCAAGCAAGGGCAUCGUGGCUUCAUUGAUGUACACUGGGGUCACCCCUAUGCUGAAUCCCUUCAUCUACAGCCUGAGGAACAGGGAAAUUAGCAGAACCCAAAGAGGCUCCUUAGUUGGAGGGUUUAAUCCCAGGACAAUUGACAUUCAUUUGGAAUCUAAGUUUGAAAAUAUAGAGAAAUUAAGGGGGUGA